CUCUCUUUUCACACUCUCUCGCUCGAGACAGUUUUGAUUUCCAUGUCCUCCCCUUGAUUUAUAAUGUCCUCCACUGAUCAACCAUCUCCAAUGAACUCGACAAAGUCGCGUCGUGUCCUGGCGUGCGUAUUAUGUCAGCAGAGGAAAGUCAAAUGCGACCGACAAUUUCCCUGCAACAAUUGCAGAAGAACCGGCAGUCAAUGUGUCCCGGCUGGUCAGAAUCCGCGUGAGAGGCGUCGAAGGUUUGCAGAAAGAGAUCUUCUGAACCGUCUACGGAAUUAUGAGGAUCUCCUACGUCAAAACAAUGUCGAAUUCGACCCACUACAUCCGUCCUCGACAGAUACCAACAACGACGACGCCUCUCAUGCUAGAAAUGACAGGGAUCAUGGUGGCGAUGCUAGUGACGUGCGACCGAGGUCAGGAACAGCAGUAGUACCUCGAUCUUUUUCAACUAUCAAAGCCGGCACGGAUUAUGAACCCAGGGAUUUCUGGCAGGCAAUGCGUCAAAAUGUUGGAAAUGCCGAUACCGACGAGGACAGUGAUCAUGACGACCACACCAACGACGACGAUGAUAACGACAGGGACAACCUUUAUCCACACGAAAUUGUCCGCAAAGCCGUGGUCAGAGGGGCAUGGGCUCAAAUGUCUCAAGGUAUCAAUCGCUCUCUAUUUGGCUUCGGCUCCUCCAACGUCGACCUGGCGCCUUUUCAUCCACAACAAGUCCAAAUCUUUCGACUCUGGCAAAUCUACCUGGAGAACGUCAAUCCGUUGUUGGCCGUGACGCACACGCCCACGUUGCAACCCCGAAUGAUCGACGCGGCCGGUAACUUGUCCAACAUCCCACCUCCCCUCGAGGCGCUCAUGUUCGGUAUCUAUUGCGUUUCGGUCCUCAGUCUCGGCAAAGAAGAUUGUCAAUCAUUAUUCGGCAUCUCACGGGAUGAAUUACUGAAAAAUUACCAAUUCGGAUGUGAACAAGCUCUCUUGAAAUGUGACGUUUUACGGACCGAAGAUCUCGAUUGUCUCGUGGCAUUGUACCUUUACUUGGUAUCAUUCCGACCAGGGACGGACCCUCGGUCUGUUUCGUCCAUGUUGGGGAUAGCCAUGCGUAUAGCUCAAAGAUUGGGUAUACACUACGAGUCCAUCAACACCAAGUGUGGUGGUUUGUUGGAAGCCGAAAUGCGCCGACGACUGUGGUGGUCACUGGUCAUUUUCGAUCACCGAAUCUGUGAACUUUCAGACUACAAGACGACAAUGCUGUCUCCCACCUGGGACUGCAAGACACCUCUCAACAUCAACGAUUCCGACAUCCGGGCCGAAAUGACAACCACCCCGAUCCCUCACGACCGACCAUCGGAAACUUUGUUCGCCGUCGCCAGGAGUGAAAUGAGUGACUUUGUACGUCACACUUCAUUUCAUCUGGACUUUACAAAUCCGGCUCUGAAAGGUCUUGCCACUACCAACCACAACCACAUCAAUCACAAUGUCGAUUCUUCCGGUCAUGGCGAUGAGUUGUCGACUCUCGAAAACUUGAUGGAAUCAAAACAUCUUCGGUUUUGCAACCCAGAAAAUCCAUUACAUUUCAUGACCGUUUGGGUUACGAGGGGUCAUUUGGCUAGGAACAGGUUAUUGGAUCAUCAUUCAAGACAUUCAUCAUUGAUGUCAUCAAACACAACAACAACAACAACGUCAACCAACCAUUCGAAUUCCAACACCAAUCCGAGCCCCAAUUCUCAUUCGAAUCCAAACACGCCACACUCGUCACACCACCUCGAGUCUUCGGCUCAACAACACGACUCUGCCAUGACUUACGCCAUGAGAAUGUUGGAAUGUGACACUCGACUGAUGACGUCCCCACUGACAAAAGGUUACGCGUGGUACAUGCACAAUUACUUCCCCUUUCCGGCUUACAUCCACAUCGUCCGUAGUCUGGAAAAAAGACCGACACAGAAGCACGCCGACCAAGCAUGGUCGGUGAUGAGUGACAAUUACGACGCCAGGUUUUCCGAAGUGGCCGACGACGAUAACCCACUCUUCAAAGUCUUUUCGGGGGCCAUCCUACAAGCUUGGGAUGCGAGGGUUGCAGCUACCAGUAAUUCCGACACGGGAGAAAAGCAGGGGGGAGAAGAAAGUCAAGCACCUAGGAUCAUUGUCAAGAUCAAACUCAAACUGUCAGAAAUUCAUACUUCAACUGCCACAACAACAACAAACACACAACCCGGUGUCACGUCAGCUCAAGACACCACCACUACUGCCGCGCCGGGAACUAUACUUCCUACCAUGUCAAUGGAUAAUAAUAAUAUUGGUGGUACCACCACAUUUGGGUAUGGUGGUAACAAUGCCAUGACGGGACCGGAAUUUCCAGAUAGUUGGGACGUAUCAUCUUCAUCACCAAACACCAACAGUACCUACAAUCCCACGACCAUGCCCGGCAGGGGAAUGGGGUGGUUCGAUUACGGACCGUUGGAUUGGAGUUCGAUGGGUUGGAACCCCAUGUUCUCGAGAGGUUGGUGAAGGAGGUAGAGGAAAAUUGAUUCAUGAUCAUGGUCAUCAUGGUCAUCAUUGUUAUAUACCCAACCUUUUACACUACGGAGAAAUACCUUGGUCUUUUGUGCUCUGUACCUUUUAGUCAAUGUCUAUCCAAUUCCAG